AUGAUCAAACGCCACUUGAGGGAAUUAUCUAUGUCAUUUGGGAAUCAAAUUUGUCCUGAAAAAUCUCACGAGCUCAGAAGAACCAAAACAGAUAUUGAAAAAAACUUUUCAACAGCCCUACAGCUAAUUAAGAGUGAAGGAGAAAGGCAAAAAGAAGACAACUCGAGGAAAGAGACGGAAUUUGAGGGACUAGUCGAGGACAUCUACAAUCAGUAUCAAACACUGGACGCAUCGUACGGUCGUCUUACCAGAGCAAAUAUGAAAGGAGCUCAUCAUAGAAUAAAGAGGGCUUCUUCCCUCUCUUGCAGUAGCUUAGACUCCGAGUACUUUUCCCCAUUACUCAACACUGUUGACGCUCUCGAAACUCAAAAAUCAACAGAAGCAAAUGAGUUAGAAGCAAAUGAAGUGACACAGAUACGCGCAAAGAAUGCUAAGCUUGAAAAAGCACUGUCAGAGUUACAUGCGAAACUCAAGAACAAUGAGGAACACACAAUGUCCAAAACUUCAGAUUUGAUGGCACCAAUUGAAGAAAAAGUAAAUGAAGCAUCGAAGCAAAAGAAGGAAUUUACUGAUAAAAUUAAUGUCAUGCAGCAAAACCUUGAGUCUGUAUGCAACAAGAAUACCGAUUUAGAAUCUCAACUAGAAAAUCAGAGGGAAAAAGUUUCACAAUAUUUGAAUCAAAUAAAAAACUUGGAGGAGAAUUUGGCUGAAACUGUUUCAACUAAACAAAAUCUACUAGAAGAGAAACAACGUUUCAUUGAAAAGAUAACGGAAUUGGAAUCUCAAUGCAGCAAAGAAAAGGAUUUGGAAGAACAGUUAAGAGACCUUGAGUCUGUAUGCAACAAGAAUACCGACUUAGAAUCUCAACUAGAAAAUCAGAGGGAAAAGGUUUCACAAUAUUUGAUUCAGAUUAAAAACUUGGAGGAGAAUUUGGCUGAAACUGUUUCAACUAAACAAAAUCUGCUAGAAGAGAAACAACGUUUCAUUGAAAGGAUAACGGAAUUGAAAUCUCAAUGCAGCAAAGAAAAGGAUUUGGAAGAACGGUCGAGAGACCUUGAGUCUGUAGGCAACAAGAAUACCGAUUUAGAAUCCCAACUAGAAAAUCAGAGGGAAAAUAUUUCACAACAUUUGAAUCAGAUAAAAAACUUGGAGGAGAAUUUGGCUGAAACUGUUUCAACUAAACAAAAUCUGCUAGAAGAGAAACAAUGUUUCAUUGAAAGGAUAACGGAAUUGGAAUCUCAAUGCAGCAAAGAAAAGGAUUUGGAAGAACAGUUAAGAGACCUUGAGUCUGUAUACAACAAGAAUACCGAUUUAGAAUCUCAACUAGAAAAUCAGAGGGAAAAAGUUUCACAAUAUUUGAUUCGGAUAAAAAACUUGGAGGAAAAUUUGGCUGAAUCUGUUUCAACUAAACAAAAUCUGCUAGAAGAGAAACAAUGUUUCAUUGAAAGGAUAACGAAAUUGGAAUCUCAAUGCAGCAAAGAAAAGGAUUUGGAAGAACAGUUAAGAGACAUUGAGUCUGUAUGCGACAAGAACACCGAUUUAGAAUCUCAACUAGAAAAUCAGAGGGAAAAAGUUUCACAAUAUUUGAUUCAGAUAAAAAACUUGGAGGAGAAUUUGGCUGAAACUGUUUCAACUAAACAAAAUCUACUAGAAGAGAAACAAUGUUUCAUUGAAAGGAUAACGGAAUUGGAAUCUCAAUGCAGCAAAGAAAAGCAUUUGGAAGAACAGUUAAGAGAUGCAAUGUGGGAGAUAAAUGCUUUGCAUAAAAAGAAAAGCGAGUUGAAGUUACAAAAUGAGCAAAGUGAAAAGGAAUAUUCAGAAAGAAUAAAGAAGCUAACAGAAACCAUUGAUCAAAAACGUGAAGAGAACAAACAGUCCAAAUUGAAUAAACAAUUGAUGGAAAGAAAAAUGGAAGAAUUGGCAGAAGGAGUUCGGCAGAAAAUUGAAGACAAUAUACGCAUAUUGCAUCGGAGGGUCCACGUGACAGAACUGCUGAAUAACGAAAACAAAGACACUUACAAAUCGACACAGCAAAAGUACGAGGAAGAGAGCAAAGUGUUUGGUGAAAAAAUUGCUGAUUAUGAAGAUGAAAUUAGGAUGCUUAGAGAAAAGGUGUUAAAAUUAGAAGCUGAUAUGAGCUUGGAAGGAGAAAAAAUGAAUUUGAUGAAAGCAGUGACACAACUUGAAAGGAAAACGAUGAAAUUGGAAAAGAAACUGAAAGAGAAAGAUUGUGAAUUGGUUAGCCUUGGGGAGAAUAAGAAGGAAGCAAUAAGACAACUUUGUUUUUUGACCGAUUUUCAUCGUGACCGUUGUCUCUAUCUGAAGGAUUCUAUGUUAAAUUUGAGGAUAAAGAACAUGAAGUGA